AUGCCCUUCCGCUACUUGGUCCUGGUCUACAUGGUGAUCUACUUCCUCGGAUGGGUGGUGUUUACCUUCUGGUGGCAGAUCGCCGCGGAGGGAUGCGAGGCAAAGGAGCUCACCUUCCGGCGCGCCUUUCUGCUCUCACUGGAGACGAUGACCACGAUCGGCUAUGGAGUGGCCGACCCGUUCUUUGACGAUUGUCGUGCUGUCAUCCCACUCCUGGUGGUGCAGUCUCUGCUGGGACUGUUGAUGGACACAGUGUUCCUCAAUCUUAUGUACACGCGCCUGUCAACAGCCUUCACUCGGGCAUCCAGCAUCAUUUUCAGUGAUACCGCGGUGGUAUUCGAGGAAGAUGGCUGCGUCAAACUCUCACUGCGAAUUUGCGAGGUCGCGCGGAGGCCGAUCAUUGAGCCCAUUGUGCGCAUGUAUGCCGUCUGGCACCAAGACCUGCCAGAGCCCACAGAACUGGUGGACGUGGACGUGCGUCCCAUGGUUCUGGAAACGCCAAACAUCUCCAUUGCGGAUGGAAAGCUUUUCCUGACGCUGCCCACAAAGGUCGUUCAUCGGGUUGACUCGGUAUCCCCGCUGGCACUUGCUCCCACAAAGUUGAUGGGAAUCGACGACUUCCAGCAUGACAUGGCCUGCCUGGACUACCUGGAGAUACUGGUCGUUGUGAGCGGAAGCUGUCCGAUCACCGGGAACAGCCUGGAAGCCCGCCACUCCUACUCCAAGGAGAACCUUCGCUACAAGAGCCGCUUUGCUCCCUGCGUCCGCAUACUUGAAGGAGCUCACCAGGUUGAUUUCGAGGCCUUCCACGAGACGGUUCCUCUGAAGUGCUGA